UACUGCUUUAUCUGGGGCGUAACCAGGUGAGAAGCAACAAAAAGAACACAUCUACCCUAGAAAUGGAGGAGAAGCUCGUUGCUCGGCUCGAAGCGGCGGUUGCUCGGCUCGAAGCCUUUUCCGCUGGAUCCAGGUCGUUGAUCUCACCUGACGAUGCGUCGGACACGCCUGUUGAUCCGUCGAUCGUUGCCUUCGAUGAUCUGGUGGAGAAAUUCGUUGGUAGGGUUUCUGCAGCUGCCGGGAAGAUCGGUGGAAAAGUCCAGGAGGUGACGAAGAUCCUUGAAGAGGCGUUUUCCGUGCAGAAAGACCUGCUUGUCAAGGUCAAGCAAUGUCAGAAACCCGAACUUGCAGGUUUGGCAGAAUUUCUGAAGCCUCUAAAUGAAGUGGUAAUGAAAGCAAAUGCAUUGACGGAAGGAAGGCGUCCUGAUUUCUUCAACCACUUGAAGACUUCUGCAGACAGCCUUGCAGCUUUAUUUUGGAUUGCCUACACAGGAAAAGAUUGCGGGAUGAGCCUUCCAAUUGCACAUGUGGAAGAAAGUUGGCAGAUGGCUGAAUUCUAUAACAACAAGAUUCUUGUAGAGUACAAAAAUAAAGACCCAGAUCAUGUAGAGUGGGCAAAAGCUUUGAAGGAGCUUUAUUUGCCUGGUUUGAGGGAUUAUGUUAAGAGUUUCCAUCCUUUGGGUCCUGUAUGGAAUCCAACUGGCAGAACUACCAUUUCUGCCACUACAUCUGCACCAUCAAAAACUCCUUCCUCAGGAGCCCCUGCCCCUCCACCUCCUCCACGUGCUUCUCUUCUCAGUGCUGAUGUCGCACCAUCACUCCCAAAGAAAGGGAUGGCUGCUGUAUUUCAGGAAAUUAGUUCGGGCAAGCCUGUGACUUCUGGUUUGAGAAAGGUUACAAAUGACAUGAAGACAAAGAACCGCUCUGAUAGAAGUGGCGUUGUUAGUGGAAGUGAGAAAGAAGCCCGUACUGGUUCUCCUUCCUUCUCAAAAGCAGGUCCUCCAAAGUUGGAGCUUCAAAUGGGUCGCAAAUGGGUGGUUGAGAAUCAAAUUGGAAGGAAGAACUUGGUUAUUGAUGACUGUGAUUCAAAACAGUCAGUUUAUGUUUUUGGAUGCAAAGAUUCUGUUUUGCAAAUCAAAGGGAAAGUGAACAACAUAACAAUUGAUAAAUGCUCCAAGAUGGGAAUUGUAUUUUCGGACGUUGUGGCAGCUUGUGAGAUUGUGAACUGCAAUGGUGUUGAGGUGCAAUGUCAGGGCUCAGCACCAACUAUCUCAGUGGACAAUACAGGAGGCUGCCAGCUGUAUCUAAGCAAAGAUUCCCUGGGGACAUCAAUAACGACUGCUAAAUCAAGUGAAAUUAAUGUACUGGUACCUAGUGAAGGCCCUGAUGGAGAUUGGGGGGAGCAUGCUUUACCGCAGCAGUAUGUUCACGUAUUCAAGGAUGGCCAGUUUGUAACAUCUCCUCUCGCGCACUCCGGCGGUUAGUAAAGGAGCAAGGAGGUUAUGCAGUCUCUACUUUUGUCUUCUUAUUUUGCAUGUGAGGAUCGAGAGAUUUGGGUUUGAGCUUUUAUAAAUAGCCGAGGCUUUGUAAUCUGUUUCCUUUUGUUUCUUUUAUUCUUUUGGUUGAUGCAUCGAAGGGUUUUCAAAAUAAUUAUCCUGUGCCGGUGUGGUGGUUUUUUUUUUUUUUUUGACAACAUGGUUUUCCUUUGUUUCCCUAAGGUUUGUAGAUUUGCUGGGUGUUUGUUGCCUGUUUUGUUAUGGUGUAUCUGUUCUUUUAGCUUGAAUUAGAUCAGUGGUUUGUGCA